AUGACAACAAGCUAUAUGAAUGGCGGAGGUCUUGGAAACCACCGAUAUGCCAGGUGGAAUCGUGAGGACAGCGGAGAGGACUACGGGCGGGAUGAGUGCUAUGGAGAAGAUGAGGAGGGCAGGAAGCGCAGGCUGACCCCAUUUGAGAAGCUAACCCAGGAUAUGUCCCAGGAUGAAAAGGUGGUGAAGGAAUUAACUCUGGGGAAGAGGAUUGGAUUCUAUCGAGUGAGAGGGGAAAUAGGGAGUGGGAAUUUCUCACAAGUGAAGCUUGGAAUUCAUUCUCUAACCAAAGAAAAAGUAGCAAUUAAGAUUUUGGACAAGACAAAGUUAGACCAGAAGACUCAACGUUUACUGUCCCGUGAAAUUUCCAGCAUGGAAAAACUGCACCACCCAAACAUUAUCAGACUUUACGAAGUGGUGGAAACACUGUCGAAACUGCACCUCGUGAUGGAGUAUGCAGGAGGUGGGGAACUCUUUGUUAAAAUCAGCACAGAGGGAAAGUUAGCAGAAAUGGAAAGUAAAUUAAUUUUCUCCCAGAUUGCAUCUGCUGUGAAGCACAUGCAUGAUAACAAUAUCAUUCACCGGGACCUGAAAGCAGAAAAUGUAUUCUAUACCAGUAACACCUGUGUGAAGGUGGGAGACUUUGGAUUCAGCACAAUAAGUAAAAAAGAGGAAACUUUAAACACUUUCUGUGGGUCUCCUCCUUAUGCUGCCCCUGAGCUCUUCCGAGAUGAAAACUAUGUUGGUGUUUAUGUGGACAUAUGGGCACUAGGCAUCCUUUUAUAUUUUAUGACAACUGGUACAAUGCCAUUUCGUGCAGACACAGUGGCCAAACUGAAGAAGUGCAUUCUUGAUGGGACAUAUAGCCUGCCUCCAUACCUUUCAGACACUUGCCAGAAACUGAUCAGAGGAGUUCUUCAGCCAGUCCCAACUGCACGAUACUCUAUUGAAUGUAUUAUGAAGAACGAAUGGAUGCAAGGGAUACAGUAUCCAAAAGCCUUGGAUCCAUUUAAAUUGGAUCCAAAGUAUUUAGCAGAGACUAGUACCCUCAAAGAGGAGGAAAUUGAAGUGAAAAAUACCUUGGAAGAUUUGGGAAUCACAGAAGAACACAUUCAAAAUAACCGUGGAAGAGAUUCUCGAAGCUCAAUAACUGGUAUCUACCGAAUUGUUUUGCACAGAGUGCAAAAGAAAAGAGCCCUGGAGACUGUUCCUAUAGUCACGCAACCAGAACCCAAAGAGCAGGAUUUAAAGAAAGGUCACAGUUCAUACCGUGGUAUCAGACAUACAUCCAAGUUGUGUUCAAUUUUAUGA